UUCUUAACUUAAGUAAAUGCUAGUGCCAUUAUCUUGACAUAAUGAUAUGCGCUCGGUAUCAUGAUUUUUUUUUCAUGCUUGAAGUAAGAAAUUAUUACUUUAAAAAGUAUUUUUAUACUUGUGAGUGUUAAUGACACAGCUUUGCAUCAGUUGAUAUUCUAGUUUCAAGCAUGUUUUACUCAAUAUAGGUCAUAAAAUCUCAGCAACAAGCUGUAAUAUUUUACUGAGAUAAUUUAGGACCAAAACACUUAAAACAAGUAAAACACUCUAACAUAAAAUCUGCUCAGUAAGAAGAAUUAUCUUAUCGGACAGAAAAUAAGCAAAUAUCACCCUUAUUUGAGAUAUUUAAUCUUACUUAGAUUUCAGGUUUUGCAGUGCACUUAUCCUCAGAUUGGGUUUUCAAAAACAAUUUUUACCAAAAGUUGACCAUCUUGGUUAUCGUACGCACAAACGUUCAGCGUAACAAUCUAAUGAGACAAAAGAUUAUUGAGACAAAGAUUAUUUAUGUAUUUCAUACUUGUUUGCUUACUAUGGUAUAUUAUUUAUUUAUUAUUUGUUUGUUCACUGUUUUGUUACAGAGAACAAGGAAAUUGGAUAAAAUUGCUACGGUAUGGAAAAAGGUUCAGCGUGAGCAGGAGGCGUCGCCAACCAGGAGCAGAUGCCAUGGACGUGUUAAACUUCACUUACUGGAACGCCUCGGAAGGCAAUGACACCGACGCGGCGGACGAGGGCGAGAGCGCCUACAAGACGGUGGAGGUGGUGUUCAUCGUGCUGGUGGCCGGCUCACUCAGUCUGGUCACCGUCAUUGGAAACAUCCUGGUCAUGCUCUCCAUCAAAGUCAACAGGAACUUGCAGACCGUCAACAACUAUUUCCUCUUCAGCCUGGCGUGCGCUGACCUCAUUAUUGGACUGUGCUCCAUGAACUUGUACACGGUCUACAUCGUCAUGGGGUACUGGCCUCUGGGCCCGGUGGUUUGCGACCUGUGGCUGGCGCUGGACUACGUAGUCAGCAACGCCUCUGUCAUGAAUCUUCUUAUCAUAAGCUUUGACAGAUACUUCUGCGUCACCAAGCCCCUCAGCUACCCUGUCAAAAGAACCACCAAGAUGGCAGGGAUGAUGAUCGCCGCCGCCUGGGUGUUGUCUUUCAUCCUGUGGGCGCCCGCCAUCCUCUUCUGGCAGUUUAUUGUGGGUGGGCGGACAGUGCCUGAGAAGGAGUGUUACAUUCAGUUCUUCUCCAACGCCGCUGUCACUUUUGGCACAGCCAUUGCCGCCUUUUACUUGCCCGUCAUCAUCAUGAUUCAGCUCUACUGGCAGAUCUCCAGGGCGAGCAAAAGCCGGGUGAAGAAGGAUAACCGAAAGCCGUCAGGAGGCAACGCCGAGCCUCUGUCGCCCGCCCAGCGGAGGAACAACAAACCCAACAAUAACAACGUACCUGGCGAGAGCGUGGGGUGUUCUCAGAGCCAGAAUGCGGACGAUGGCGCAAGCCAACAUGACGAAAGGAUGCAGAACGGAAAAGCACCUUCUUCAAACACGAACGAGGGCGAAACCGAGGGUGACGAUGUGGCGAAGGACGUCUGCGCUCCUGGAGAAGAGAAGGAGAGCUCCAACGACUCCACCUCGGGCAGCGUGGCCGCAUCUAACCUGAAGGACGAGGAGGCGGUGCCUUCCGCGGCCAACUCCAGCGCAGACACCAGCCAGUCUCUUCCCCGCCAACGGGCCAAGGCAGGCGUCUCCAAGCUGACCUGCAUCAAAAUUAAAGCAAAAUCCCCCAAAGGUGACUGCUACACGCCCUCCAACACCACCGUAGAAAUAGUCCCCGCCUCCGACAGGCAGAACCACGUGGCCCGCAAGAUCGUCAAGAUGACCAAGCAGCCGCCCAACAAAAAGAAGAAAGCGCCGCCGUCGCGGGAGAAGAAGGUGACGCGCACCAUCAUGGCCAUCCUGGUGGCUUUCGUGGCCACCUGGACGCCUUACAACGUGAUGGUGCUCAUUAACACCUUCUGCUCCAGCUGCAUCCCCAACACGGUGUGGACGCUGGGGUACUGGCUAUGCUAUAUCAACAGCACCAUCAACCCCGCCUGCUAUGCCCUUUGCAACGUCACCUUCAAAAAGACGUUCAAGCACCUCCUGCUCUGCCAGUACAAGAGCAGUCGGUCCGCCAGGUAGAGAUGCUGGCAUGGAGAGAGUGCCAUGUGUGGAUGUUUGUGACCAUUCUUUCAUUCAUGUCGGAGCACUUUACACAAAUUAGCUGUGUUGUUCACAAAGGAACUUACUCCUUCAAGAGGAAGUGCAACAUGUUGUUCACUCUGGGGCAAUAGGGCUGCCUGAAGUUACUAACUUUUAACAUCUUUUAAGUUCAGUGACAAAACUUGUAGAUACGUGUAAAAACUACAUCCCUAUUUGUGUUCACACUUCAUCGCUGCACAUCCGUGACCGGACGGAUGGCAUGCAUUAAAACUGGAUCGAAUACAUUUUUAUUAAAUUCCAGUGGCUGCAAUGUGCAACCUUGCCACUAGAAGCCACUAAAUCUUCUGCACUUGUGAAUCUUAAAGGUCCCCUAAUAGUAAAAUUGUAAUGAUAUUUUAACAGUACUAUGUCUCCCGGGAGCCUGUUUUUGAUUGAAAAACCUCUUGGUACUGCCUCCGCCUGCACCAUUUAUACACUCACACACCACUUUGCUUUACAUCUUAAAAUAAAGCCACACUUGGGAGAUGAAUCAUUUUGUUGUUGCAGAAAAUAAGCUAACCUAGCAUGGUGUUAAAAUGUGAAUGUAAUGUUAGCACCGUAGGAAACAUAUCUACAGUAUGGCCCCAUUCCAGGGUGGAUCUCGUGUGAG